AUGACCACGCCCUGCUCAACAGCCAACACCUGGGUCCGUGGCAAGUUCGACUUCCUGUACCUGCGCAUUGACUUCGCGAACAUGUGCAACGUUGGCUACGCCUUCGUCAACUUUGACAUGCCCAUGACGAUUGUGGAAGUCAAGCAGAAGCUUGAGGCCCACGAAUGGCCAUGGACUGUUGAGAAAUUUCGCAACUCGUCGGUGAAGCUCGAGCUUCCGAACUGCCGUCCCAGGCUAUUUCGGACGUUCCAGGACUUUCCCGAUCCUCUUCUCCUGCCUCUCGUCGGCUCUGAGAAGGAAUUCCCGAAGUCGAACAACGAGGCGAAGCUUGCACGCAGUCGCCAGAACGCCGAGACGACACCCGACAUCCUCCUCAGCUCCGCGACCCGCCUCGUCAAAGCACAGUCCGCCAUUGCCCCAUUCUCCAAGUCACUCCUGGAGUACAAUGACAGUGACGCUGGCCCUGACCACCUCACUUGCGCCCUCUGCUGUUUGACUGGCAAUCGUGUCCGCUCUGCUUCCGACUCCUCGCACGACGCUGUCCUCGCGGUCCACAAGUCUUUUCUGCAGCGCGAGAAAGAUCGGCAACGUCGUCGCGAGCCUCAAUCUUGUCGCCGCCAGCGUCACCUCUCUGAUAUGGACCAUGCCUUUAGCAACCCUGUUCUACAAGCGACGCGUCCCUCUUGCCGCCAGCAGGACGUCCCGCAGGAACAAAGCGGUCAACCGCAGCAAUGGCAUCGUUCAGGUCCGCCCAAGCAGCUCAGCUACGACCGAACCACACCAACCACCGCGAGCGAUGCGCUUUCUCUUGACCAAGACAACCGCGCCAAGUCCAGCAACAACCCGAGGAUCCCCCUGCCUGCUCUUAUUCCUCAGCAACCCCACCUCCCUCCCUUUGAGGUCGGCUCUCUCAAGAUGUCCGAUCUCCGCCUUGCCAUCUUGAGCCGUGGCGAUCGCUGGUACAUCGUCCGCCGUCUCGGCUUGCGCGACACCUUUAGCCUCAGCAGUAACAGAAAUAGCACUGCAUCCACCAGUGACAACGAGCUUCCCUUCUUCUUCGCCUUCCAGUCGUCAAAUCCGCUCUUCGAUCCAUACUCUGCCGCACAGCUGUCCAUCCUGAAGUGGUGGUCGUAUUGGAAGCAACAGCAGCUGUUGAUGAACUCGCGUCUCAGUCACGCGGCUUACCUGAAGCCGCGAGGGCCGAUAAGCUUCGCAGAAGGCCAGCUGCCCGCCAUCGACCCAGAGCCUCCUCUUUCGCCACAACGUCGCGACCUGCAUCUGCCACACUGCGUCAGACCGGGUCACGACUGGCGUUAUGGUCUCCAACCCAAUCUGCCCCUCAAAGGGAACGCCCUCCUCGCCGCUCACCUGGACUCCAUCGCCGAGUUCGCCAAGAGCAAGUUUCCCGGCAACAAGGUCUAUUACACAGUCAAGCGUGCCCACAUCAAGGAGGAACCGCUCUACCUGGGCUUUGACCAACGCUGGGCGCUCAGCAAGUGGAAGGCGAGCGUGUGGCGCUACGACAAGCAGCGCCACUACAGUGCCCCAAACUCUGCUGCUCGUCCGAACGCCCCCUCUUCAGUCAAGAAGCGCAACUUGAGAAAGGCAGCUUUUGCGGCCGACAACUACAUUCACGACAUCCGUGUAGCUGCGCGGCCCGAUAGCAGUGUCGAAAGCUACAUGGAUUGCUUCCACAAGGACGACACCGAGCUGAUUUUCCCUGGCAACUAUGAGGCUUUCCAGACGCCCUACAGCCUUCCUCAGCCCCCUACUACUCCUUGUGGCCCCUUGCAGGACCCUCGACUUGCAGAACCUGGAGAAGCGCCUGAUCAAGAUGUACGAGAUGGAGGCUUCAUUCAUACGGUCGAAAUGAUGGAACAGCAUGAUGUGUCUUGGACCUGA